GCAGUAAUCAUUUCACUCCUUAAAAACCACAUCGAUUCCAUCGAGGACAUUAUUAAGGCAGCCCUAUCACGGACAGAUUGUCCAUGGACAUCCUAAGUGUAGUGGACGUUCAACACCGAUCGGACACAUGCAAAGGCCCUGGCAGGGCAGUAUAUGAGUAAAAUGACGCAAAGAAAUGCCUUCAUCGGUUCCUGCCUGGCGAUUGUUGAGUGACCACCGUUUGUUUAGCCUUGGGGCGCAUUCUUGCUACCAAAGGUCACGAUUGAUUUGUCCCACAACCAGCCUGCUGGGAUUUUUUGGUGCCAGAAGAAAGCCUCCUCCCAUGAAAAAACAAAAGCUCCAGCGCACAUUUGAGGACGUACAAGAUCCUGUAAAGCAUGCGCAAAGCAUGACCGUGCUCCAGUGGAAUGUCCUUGCAGACGGUUUGGCGCAGUUUGGCGAUUUUGAGAGGGUACCGGCUGAUGUCCUGUCAUGGGAGUCGCGCUCGCCCCAGCUACUCAUGGAAAUUUUGGAGUCCAAGUCUGAUCUGAUCUCCCUGCAAGAAGUCAACAGAUAUGAGGACUUCUUUAAACCCAGGCUUGAGCAGCUAGGAUACACAGGCCUGUUUUGGCCAAAGGCAUGCUCGCCAGCAGAACAGUAUGGGUUUCCCUGUGACGGUUGCGCCCUCUUCUACAGAACAGAGCGCUUUGAAAUGAUUGGCCCACCAUGCGGUCUGCCCUUCAGCAUUGCAAAUGGACCUUCCGGCAAGCAGGGCAUGCUGCAAGUUUUGUUGAGGGAUCAAUUGAGCGGUCGGCAUGUGAUUUUUGCCGGCACCCACCUGAAGGCCAAGGCAGGCGAGGCUAAUGCAGCAGCCCGAGAGCUGCAGGCGAGGCAAAUGAUGGAGCGGCUUGCAUCAGCCCACCAGGCUGCUUCCAGCAACGAAUGCAAUCCAGAGAACGGCAGUUCGACUGAACCAGAUCGACAGAAAACGCCGGUUGUGAUCCUGUGUGGGGACUUCAAUGACUCCCCAACCUCAUCCGCUUGCCAAGUGGUGCGGGAGCAUUGGCUGGGGCUGUCCUGCAUCUGGGACUGGGCGGCCGCCCAUUCCACCAAUGGCUCUGUGCCUGCGCCAUUCACGACCUGGAAGUUCCGGCCUGACGGCGUGUCACAGCGAACCAUAGACUUCAUCUGGUUCUCAAAGGAUCCUCGGUUGCGGCUGCUGCGCCGGUGGCGGAUGCCAACAGAGGGCGAUAUUGGGGAGCAGGGGCUGCCAUGCGAGCGUUACCCCUCAGAUCACCUGGCCCUGUGUGCUGUCUUUGAAUUGGACGCCCUCGAGUGACAUGCUGGGACAAGGCAAGCUGGAUGUUUCCAGUACUAGACUUUGUUUUAACAUGAAUAAGCGCCCACUUGUAGAGCUCGUGCGGGACAUGUGCAAGCUGGCGGCUAGGAAAAUAACUUGCUACGGGCCUCCCAGUGCACAUUCCAAUGACGUGAUGCAAUGCUGUCUCCUUAAGGAGUUCUUAAGACC